AUGUUGAAUGAAGAUAAUGUAUCUGCUGUUGAAUCACUUAUUGUUUAUGAUAAAAAUACACUUAUUGAAUUCAAUAAAAAACUUGAUCGAGAAAUAAUUUCUUUUGGUUAUUUAAAAGAAUCGAUUGAAAUAAUUGAAUAUAUAUAUAUAUAUCAGAUUGGUUUUAAUAAAAUGCGUCAAUAUCAUAGGUUUUCAUCAAUUUUAAGUAUUAUUCUUCGUUUAUGUGUUUUAUCACCAUCAGAAACUGAUUUACAAGAAACUCAACAACAAAUUAGUCAUACAAUUGAUUUUGAUUUAUAUGAUAUACAUGAAACAUAUCACAUACUUGAUAAAUAUGAUAUUGUUUAUGCUACUGUUGCUGAACUGAAAUAUCCUAUGAUUUCAUUGAAUGUAUAA